CCUACUACACCAAGACGCACAACACCUAUACCAACGACGACAAGGCGAACAACACUACGGCGAACAACACCAAGGCGAACAACACCACGGCGAACAACACCAAGGCGAACAACACCACGGCGGACAACACCAAGGCGGACAACACCGCAACCCAUUGCGACAACCAAUCAGGGUCCCCUCGAGUGUUCGAUUGAUGCUGAUCCAGUUUGCACGGCAACUACUUCUGGCGUCGACUGUCCAUGUGGUGAUGUAUAUGAAGAAUGGGCAGAAUGCCGGAUAUGGGGAGCUGCUCACUAUAUCACAUUCGAUGGGCACUCUUAUGAUGUCCAGACUGGAUGCUGGCAAACUUUAAUUGCGUUUCAUUUACAAGAGAAACUUGUUUUCUCUGUUACUGCAUGGCUAAUGUCAGGGAGAGGAGAAGUUGAUAAUUAUGUAUUCGAUGAGGAAGCAAAAUGGCCUGAUGACGUGUCAUUCAUUAACAUGGUGGAACUCACACUAGGUCAAAAUACAUACACAAUACAUAGAGAUAAAACCAUCAGAUAUCAGGGAGGAAAACCACUGACAAUACCUAUUGAACACAAAACUCCAAAUAAUUUUCAACAACCUGGUGCAAACAUAGAAGUUCGUCUUUAUGAAGAAGGGGAAAUGGUUCACAUCAGUGUACCUCACUUUGGAAUUGAAUUAUCGUACAGCGGAAGAGGUACGGGUCGAGUGCACCUUAAGUUACAUCCCGUCUACAAAAAUAAUGGAUUGGCAGGAAUGUGUGGAAACUUUAAUGGUGAUCCCGACGAUGAUUUCCGAGAAGAUAUAAGGCAUUAUGUCAACCCUGGAAGAAUAUUUGCAAUGAUCCAUCGUUUCGGAGGUUGUGCC